AUGUCGAUUCAAGGGGUGCAAUUGUACAUUCAGGAUGAUCAUGUGGUGAUGGAUAAUGGCAUACUCCAAGUCACAAUAUCAAAUCCAGAGGGAAUUGUCACCGGAGUCAGCUAUCAAGGCAUCGACAAUUUGCUUGAAGUUCAUAACGAAGAAUCCAAUAGAGGGUACUGGGACCUUGUGUGGAGUGACGAAGGAACAGCAGGAACAACAGGGACCUCUUAUGUAAUUAAAGGGUCGAAAUUCAGAGUGAUCGUGGAAAAUGAGGAACAAGUGGAAAUCUCAUUCACAAGAGCAUGGAGUUCUUCUUUAGAGGGCAAGCACGUUCCUCUAAAUAUAGACAAAAGGUUCAUAAUGCUUCGCGGAUCCUCGGGCUUCUACUCUUACGCCAUCUAUGAGCACUUGAAAGAGUGGCCUGGUUUCAACCUGCCACAAACCAGGAUCGUGUUCAAGCUUAAAAAGGACAAGUUUCGCUACAUGGCAGUGGCGGAUAAUAGGCAAAGGCGCAUGCCCUUACCAGAGGACCGGUCGCCAAGAAGAAGUAGACCCCUUGCUUACCCUGAAGCUGCCCUACUUGUUCAUCCCGUGGAGCCGGAGUUCAAAGGAGAGGUAGAUGACAAGUAUCAGUACUCCUGCGAGAACAAAGAUCUUUAUGUCCAUGGAUGGAUAUGCUCCAAUCCACCAGUGGGGUGGUGGCAAAUCACACCAAGCAAUGAGUUCCGAUCUGGCGGACCAAUGAAACAAAACCUUACUUCUCAUGUUGGUCCUACAAAUUUAGCUAUGUUUCUUAGUGCUCAUUACGUGGGAGAGGAUAUGGUGCUGAAGUUUCAACGUGGAGAACCAUGGAAGAAAGUCUUUGGCCCCGUUUUCAUUUACCUCAAUACUUUGAUUGAUAACGAUGAUCCACUUUGGCUAUGGGAAGAUGCUAAAGAACAGAUGUUGACUGAAGUCCAGUCUUGGCCGUACAACUUCCCAGCUUCAGAGGAUUUUCCGAAGUCAGAGCAGCGAGGUGGUGUUAGUGGUCGAUUACAAGUCAGUGACAGGCAUGUCAGCCAUGACUAUAUAUCAGCAAACGGUGCUUAUGUGGGAUUGGCACCCCCAGGGGAUGCCGGUUCAUGGCAAACAGAAAGUAAGGGUUAUCAAUUCUGGACCAGGACAGACGCAGAUGGCUAUUUCUUGCUUAGCGAUGUAUGCACUGGUGACUAUAAUCUCUAUGCUUGGGUCCCAGGUUUCAUAGGGGAUUACAAAAAAGGUGCCAACGUUACCAUAACUCCAGGUUGUGAUCUUGACAUGGGUGACCUUGUCUAUGAACCUCCAAGAGAUGGGCGUACACUGUGGGAAAUCGGCAUCCCCGAUCGAACUGCUGCAGAAUUCUAUGUUCCAGAUCCUGAUCCCAAUUAUAGCAACAAACUAUAUGUGAACCACCCUGACCGGUUUAGGCAAUACGGAUUGUGGGAAAGAUACGCAGAUCUAUACCCUAAUGGAGAUUUAGUUUACACCGUUGGUGUUAGUGACUACAGAACUGACUGGUUCUUUGCUCAAGUUACCAGGAAGAAAGAUGAUGAUAAGUAUAAAGGAACCACAUGGCAAAUCAAGUUCAACCUUGAUAACGUAGAUCAAACUGGAACCUAUAAACUUCGAUUAGCUCUAGCAACAGCACAUGUUGCAGAAUUACAAGUCAGGAUCAAUAACCCAGAGGCAAAUCCUCCUGUGUUUACAACUGGAGUAAUUGGGCAUGACAACACCAUUGCAAGGCAUGGAAUUCACGGACUAUACCGGCUCUACAGCAUAGAUGUGAACGGUGCUCUGCUUAUUGAAGGAGAAAAUACCAUUUUCUUGACACAGCCAAUGUGUAGCAGCGCUUUACAGGGCCUUAUGUAUGAUUAUAUUCGUUUAGAAGCCCCACCUUCUAACAAUUCCACCAACAAACUUUGA